GUCAUCGUUGUUGAACUGAAACAGUAAAGUUAAUUUAUAAUUUAAAACAUACAAUUUUAUGCGAAUAUGAAUAUGUGUAAUUUUAAUACAUGAUAUUUACGAACUUUGAUAUUUAGGACAUAAGUUUACAAAUACAUGUUUUGUCUGGUUCUGUCUAUAACAUUUUGUUUGGUGCAUGUCCAAUUGUCAAAACUUUCAUUUAUUAUUACUUAACUUAGCCAUGGAAUUAAGGUCUUUAAUAUGUAGAGGCCGAAGAAAGAAGAUUGCUAUUCUUGUAUUUAUUUUAAUAUUUCUCAUAAACGCUAUGAUAUUCGUUAGCUUUGAACUAUACAAUACUAUUAAAAGACGGCAAAAAAGUCCAUGGUAUAAAAGGUUACACUAUGACCAGAAUUCAUACGUGGACAAUAGUGGUAUGAGGGUGAUAGUGGGACACUAUGUUGGCGGUAAUUCUGGAGGUAACUUAUCACAAGAAAUAGUAAAUGCUAACAACUAUGCUCCCAUCCAAGGAGCUGGUGAAGGUGGGAGACCAGUUCAGCUUUCACCAAGAGAAAUUAUAACAGCAAGAGAACUUUAUACAUUACAUUCUUAUAAUAUAUUAGUUGGUGAUAGAAUUUUUAUUAAUAGAAGUCUUCCUGAUGUACGCAGUGAAAGCUGUAAAGAUGUGCAGUAUAAUAUCGAAGAUUUGCCGACAGCGAGUGUGAUAAUAGUUUUUCAUAAUGAGGCGUGGUCCACUCUGAUGAGAACUGUGAUGUCAGUAAUAUUAAGGUCCCCUCCAGUGUUGUUGAAACAGAUUAUUCUAGUAGAUGAUGCAAGUGAUAGAAAAUAUUUAGGUAAAGAAUUGGAAGAUGCUGUAGAGAAACUGAAAAAUGUACAAAUUUUGAGAAGUACACAGAGGAAGGGUCUUGUUGGAGCUCGGUUGAUGGGUGCUAGAUCUGCUAUAGGAGAUGUUUUAGUAUUCCUAGAUGCACAUUGUGAGGUAACACCGGGAUGGUUAGAGCCAUUGUUAGAAAGAGCUGGCAGUGAUGAUGUUUUCAUUUGUCCUCAUAUAGAUCUUCUGUCUGAGGACACUUUUGCGUAUACUAAAAGUAUCGACGCCCACUGGGGCGCGUUCAGUUGGCGCCUACAUUUCCGUUGGCUGAUGCCCAGCACUGAGGUGAUGAAGAACAAAGCGGAACAUCCUUCGAAACCCUACCCUUCACCUGCAAUGGCUGGAGGUCUUUUUGCGGUCACGAAAAGUUUGUUUUGGAGACUGGGCGGGUAUGAUGAAGGUAUGAUGAUUUGGGGUGCCGAGAAUUUGGAACUCUCCUGGAGAGCAUGGCAAUGUGGGGCAAGAGUUGAAAUAACACCAUGUUCGCGUGUCGGUCAUAUAUUUAGAAGACAUAGCCCUUAUAAAUAUCCCGGUGGAGUGUCUAAAGUGUUGAAUUCCAAUUUAGCUCGAGCGGCAACUGUAUGGAUGGAUGAAUGGGCAGAUUUCUUUUUUAAAUUCAAUCCAGCGGUCGCGGUGAUACGUGAUGAACAAAAUGUAGGAGAUAGGGUGCAGUUGCGUGAGGAUUUGAAAUGUAAGAGUUUCGAAUGGUACUUGAAUAAUGUUUGGCCUCAACAUUUCUUUCCUACUAAAGAUAGAUGGUUUGGUAGGAUACGUAAUGAUAAAGGUUGUAUAGGAGUUAUAUCGAGCACUCCAGGUUUAGGAGGACCCGCGUCAAAAGUGCACUGUGGUAGUGAUUUAGAUCUAGACAGUCUCAUAGUAUACACUCCUGAGGGAAGGAUAAUGGCUGAUGAAGGUUUAUGCUUGGAACAAGGAAAUGGUAGAGCGGUAUGGAAAGGUUGCAGCGAUAAUAGGAAACAAAUUUGGAAACAGAAAGGUCCGAGAUUGAAAUCUUUCGAUGGUCUUUGUUUAACGUCUGUGAAAAAUCGCAGUUCUGAUGUAACUGACAAUCCUUUGACUUCUAAGAAAUGUGUUAAAAGUGAUGAACAAAUAUGGCAUUUCGAAAGAGUUCCCUGGAGAUGAAAUUAUUUUCAAUACACAGAACAUAUCUAUCAAAAGGUUGUAGUGCAUUAUUAAUUAUUUGCAACUUGUAUUACUUACUUUUAAGUUAUUAUUAAUACUUAAAAGAAACUUGAUAUUAUUUGUUAUUUAUAAGACUGUUGAAGCAACUAUGUUAAUGCAAUAUUCAUUAAAAUAGACUGAUUUUCUUAUACACAAUUUUAUGUAGUUUUGAAUGCUGACUAACUGUUGUGUGUAAAAUAUACUAAAGGUGGGCAUUAACCAUUAAUUAACGUAGUUAACAAUCUGUUAAAUUAAAUUGAAUUAAAAAAAAAUUAUAUUCCAAAAACGGUAAUAAUAGGUUACAAGGAAUAGAGUAUUCGGUAUAGAUGCAAUAUUUUGCUAUAUUCUGUGGCGAACUAUGUUCAAUUUCGCGCUUCUGUACAUAGAUAAUAGUGACUGGCUGGUUUCAUUAUUAUUUUAUGACACAAAAGGGGUAGUUAAAUAUUCCUCUCUGGUUCAGUACGGCGCGGGCGUGUCGCGAGGUGAGGCGGUUGUCAAUUUACGCCCUUGGUUAUCGGAAGUGGUUGGGUUUCGGGAAUUGUGAAAAACAAUUCGGGUGUGGAAUUUGGUUGUGAGGAAGGUGCUCUUAAAUUCGGUUUCGCGUUCGGUUCGAUAACGACGCAAUCUAUACGCGCAUAGGUGAAGUGGUGUAGACUUAUGACAAGUCUUGACUUGUUUUGAUUGACACUAACAUUGACCAAGCAUUGAACAGAGCAUCAAGUUGGUAAGUGCCACUUAUGCAUCAUCCUUGUUUAUAAUCUUAUCCCCCCGUUGCAUGCGUCUGCCAAUCACUUAUUUCACUCGACUCAAAUUGAAUGUUUGUUUUUAAAUAUUAACUUUAAAAUGUUAAUUUUAAUUUGCGCUAUUUUAAUCAUAACGCUUUAACGAUUAUCGAAUUUAAGUUUUUAAUUGACUGCCUUAUUGAUGAUAUGAUUAUCUUAAAACAAGAAUCUCAGUGUCUCAAAUAAAUUGUUCUACUAUACGUAGUUUAUACUUUUUUUAAUGAGAUUUAUUUGCAUUUUUAUUUAAAUAAACACGGAAUAAUUAAGUACAUACAACUGUGAUGUUCUUAGGUUAUGUAAUAAUAUAAGCAAUACAAUAAAAUAUUGUUAGGUAAAGAAUUCCAUUAGUUUAAGACAGUAAGUGUACAAUUUAUUAAGGUAUGCAAUAUUAUUUAAUGUCUUUGGCAAGUAUAAAAAGACAAACAAUGUUUUCUCCUUUUUUCUUUUUUGAGACUUUAAAAGCGUAUUCUGCCAGCAUUUUUUUAUGUCUCAUUUACUUGAGUAUUCUUAUCCAUGAAGUUUCCAGUCCUCCUUCUGUUGUGUCCUCUUGACCUCCAGAUACGAUACGACGCCCACUUUCUUUUUUAUCUACCACUAUAGUUUAAAAUAGGAGUUGCUUUUAAUAAUUUUAUGGCUUGAUAAUGAAAGUAAAUUGUUAAUAUUUCUGUUAGCUAGUUAGAAAAAAAUUAUAUGAAUUGAAUAUUUCUACUGCCAAUUUCGAGUGCCUUGCGUUUAUAAAUUACACUGAGAUUUUAUUAGUGAUAAUUAAAUUAGUAUCUAAAGGAAAUUUAGACAUAAUGACAUUAAUCUGUGAAUGAUAUUUAUUAUUAUAUUAAAUUUAAAUACUUGUGAUUUAAAGAUACAGAGAUAUUGCACAAUUUUUAUUGCUAUAAAAUGUAGAGUUUUUAUUAAAGUUUAAAAAAUAUAUGCAAAAUGAAAUUUUGUUCUGAACUUAGUUACAAAGUUUCAAUGGUGUGAUUGAUUACAAUAUCUACUAAAAUGCAAUUUAAAUGUUUAACUUUAAGUUUAAAUGACUUGUUUUUAAACAUAAUUUAAGUUAACUGUGUUUUUAAAGGGGACUUGUACCAAGAUGUCGUUCCAAUUUAAUUUUAAUUUUUUUUUUAUUCUUUAUACACUGAUAUCACUUAAAUAUUAUUAUCACAUUUUACGUAAUUUACUUUGCCGAUUUUGAGUUUAUUUUUACGUACUCUGAACUAUUUUCUAGUCUAAAUGUAAUCUCUAACUGAUUUUAUAAGACUUUAUGUAAUUCUCUUUAAUCUAUGAAUAAUAUUUUGUAACACAACAGGGAUUUAUGGCACAAAAUACUAAUUAAUAUACAUUUAAUUAAAAAUAAAAAAUUGCAACCAUGUUAAAUUGUAUUUCUUUCAUAUAAAAAGUCUUAGUAAUAGUAAGUUAUUAAAU